AUGAGUGGCUGUGGUUUGGCACUUUUUGGUUGUGUGGGUGCCGACACAAAUGUCACCACUGGCCAUGGAACAGAAGGAUUUACCUGUGGCACAGCCCAGAGCUGCAUGGGGAAUGUGACACAGCUGAGGCGGCAGGGACACUUCUCCAGGUGCCCCGAGGAAUACAAGCACUACUGCGUCAAGGGGAGAUGCCGGUUCCUCGUGGCCGAGAAGGCGCCGGCUUGUGUGUGUGAGAGGGGCUACACGGGAGCUCGCUGUGAGAGGGUGGACAUCUUCUACCUGCGAGGCGACCGGGGCCAGAUUGUCAUCAUCUCCUUGAUUGCUGCCAUUGUCACCCUCAUCAUCCUCAUCAUCUGCGCCUGCCUCUGCAGUCA